UAUACCCCGCGGCACGCCGUACUCAGCUCAGCUGGGAUCGAGGCGGCGUUGACCGUGAUGGGGGUGUGCCUAGUCUUGCCGGUCCUAUUCUGGGCUGCCUGUCUCUCGCCCCUGGACGUUGCCGCUGGACUCCACAGUCUUCGUUAUAACAUCACGGUGGUCUCCCAGGAGAUCUGUGCAACCACGAUUCAUCGCUGAGGGAUACAUUGAUGGAAAGCUCUUCCUGCACUAUGACAGUGAGAAAGAUAGGGCAGAGCCCCAGGGUCCAUGGGGAGAAGCCAACCUGGGAGCUGAGACCUGGGAUUUAGAGACCAUGGACUUUACAGACAUAGGGAUGGAGCUCAGAAUGACUCUGUCAGACAUCAUGAAGCUGCAGGAUCAGAAAAGAGGCUUGCAUUCCCUCCAGGAGACGCUGGACUGUGAGAUCCAGGAAGACAAUGGCACCUGGGGCUUCUGGGAUUACCGCUAUGACAGGGAGCCCUUCCUCUCCUAUCUUCCGGAGACCCAGAGAUGGACAGUGCCCCAGUCAUUGGCCCAGACAUUGGCACUGGAAAUGAAGAAGACCUGGGAUGCAGAUAGGGACAAACACAAGUAUUAUGGUCACCAUGUGCAGGGAGAUAUUUGUAAAAGACUGUGGAGCUACCUGGACUCUGGGAGAGACUUCAUGGAGAGGACAGCAGUGAAUGUGACCCUCAGUGAGGCCGUGAAGGGCAACGUCAUCCUGACUUGCUGGGCUGCUGGCUUCUAUGCCCCGAAAAUCACACUGACCUGGCUUCAGGAUGGGGAACCUCUGAGCAUGGACUCCCAGAAGUCUGGGAGUGUCUUGUCUGGUGGGAAUGGGACCUACAAGACCUGGGUGUCCACAAGGCUUCCCCAAGGAGAGGAGCAGAGGUACAGCUGCCACUUGGAACACAGUGGGAAGAACAUUACGUGCCCUGUGAGCCAUGGUGGGACCUUGGUACAAGAGAGUACAUGGCCAAUUAUUCUUCGUGUACUUGUUGCUGCUAUUAUUAUUGUUAUUAUUAUUAUUAUUAUUGCUCUUGUCCUUUGCUGGUUCAAGAAGGAAUCCUCAGAUGUGGAAAGCCCAGCCUUCAUGAGAAAACCAAGAAAAAGAUCCAUGAGCCAGGUUCAUGGGAUGGCCUCUGAGCCUCCUGCCUAAAGGCCCCUGGGGAGCCUUUACUCAGAACAGACAGAUGGGCCUUGAGCACAGUAAUCAGAUUGCUUGAGGAGAGAGGAAAAGAGAAAACAGGAAGUUUUGUGUUUCAGCCAAGAGCAAAUGUGAUUCGUGAAGUGUGAGAAGCAUGAGCAGCUACAAGUCCUGGACCUACCUCAGAAGGCGACAGCAGAACACAAUGGCACCGUGCAACUUGGCUCUCAGUUUCUACAGUCAGCUCCUGAGUGCAGUGGUUCGACUCGGGGAGCAUAGAGUCUUCAGCCUGGUGCCCUGGAUUUAACUUCAUUUGAGCAUUUUUCCCACUAGGAACCUCAGUUUUCUCAUCUGUGAAAUGGGAAAAAUGAAGCACUUAUUUCCUAGCGUAGUUGGGAAGAUUAAAAGAGUCAGUUGCUUGUAGCUGGUCCCUGUUAGUUAUCAUUAUUUUUGUCAUUGUUAUCAUAGAUUAACUUUGUCCAUAUUUUCCCUUUCUGUUAUGGCUCCUUCUCUAUUAAGAAUCCUACCUCAUAGUCACCCAGAAACUGUUUCUUUUCAAUUUUAUAGGACUGGAAAAUAAACUAAACCAUUUUUAAAAUAAUUUGUCUGUGUAUUCAAAUUAUGUACAGAUAUGUGCCUAUGAAGCCCUGGUGGCAGAGUGGUUAAGAGCUUG